UUCACUUAGAGCCUAUUUACCUACGACACUUAGACGCUCACACAUGUGAGUGAAACAUGGCUAACCGAGAAAUAAGGAGAGUGCUGGAGGACUGUGUUAAGAUAAUAAAUGACAACACGGCACAGCCGGAGAACUUUCUGAGCCUUCAAGAUGGACCUGCAGCAGAAUUUACUUCCCUCACUAAGACCCUGUAUGACCUCCAGAAAUCUGUGGAGCCUGCAGGUUGUAAAGGAAGCCCACUGCCUCAGCUGGUGGUGGACAACUUUGAUGAGGAGCAGAUUUGGCAGGAACUGGAGAUACAGAAUAAUGCUGUGAUGAAACAUUUUAAAAAUGCCGUAGAUGAGGUUUUAAUACAGACUUUGCUGGAGGAGGAAGACGAGAAUGAAGAGGAGGCUGAAGGAGAGGCAGAUGAUGAAAAUGACACUGAACAACCUUCCAAACAACGAAAUAAUAAGGCAGCGGAGGAACGCAGUGACUCUGAGGAAGACUCUGAUAUAGAUUUUGACGUGGACGCUCUUGAGAAACGAGAGAAGCAGAAGAAGCAAAGUGUGAAGAAUGACUCCAGAACAAAAGUUGUUCCCUCUGAGGUUGAUGAUAAAUUCUUCAAACUGUCAGAGAUGGAGUCGUUUCUUGAUGAGAUGGACAAACGUGAGGGAAAGGAAGACGAGGGCGAAGAUGAUAUUGACUAUUUUCAGGACGUUCCCUCUGAUGAAGAUGAUGAUUUGGACUUGGAUGAGAUUAUGUCCUCCAAAGAAAAGAAGAAAAACACGGCAAAGAGCUCCAGGAAUCUCAAGUACAAAGAUUUCUUUGAUGCCAUGGAGGGCGGAUCAGCUAAAAUAAAUGAGCAGUCAGAUGAUGAUGAUGAUGAUGAUGAUGAUGAGAUGGAGGACAUCCAGGAUGAAGUUGAAGAAGAGGAUUUUGAUGAGGAAGAGGAGGCUGAUGAUGACGGUGACGGAGGAAGUCCAAGUAAAGCCUCUCAAAAGAAGGUGACCUUUGACCUGUCUGGGGAUGAGGACAGUGAGGGGGAGGACAUGGAGGAGAUAUUUGGAGGAAAAGCUUCAAGCUCGGAAAAGUCAGAAGUAAAGUCUUCAUAUGAGAAGCGACAGGAGAAGAUGUCUCAGAAGAUCCAAGAGCUGGAGAACGCAUCUCUGGCAGAGAAGGCGUGGCAGCUGUCCGGCGAGGUGACGGCGCAGACCCGUCCGGAGAACAGCAUGCUGGAGGAGGACGUGGAGUUUGAACAGGCAUCAAGAUUGGCCCCUGCUAUUACUGAGGAGACCACCCUGCAGCUUGAAGACAUCAUCAAACAGAGAAUAAAAGACCAGGCAUUUGAUGAUGUGGAGCGUAAAGAGAAGCCUAAGGAGGAGGUUUUUGAAUACAAAAAGAGACUGAGUCUGGACCAUGAGAAGAGCAAGCAGAGUCUAGCAGAAAUCUAUGAGCAAGAAUACAUCAAACAGAUUCAGAAUAAGACAGAGGAAGAGGAGAACCCAGCUCAUGUAGAAAUUCAAAAGCUUAUGGACACGCUCUUUCUAAAGCUGGAUGCUCUUUCCAACUUCCACUUCACACCAAAACCACCUGUUCCAGAGGUCAAGGUGGUGUUGAACCUCCCGUCCAUCACUAUGGAGGAGGUGGCUCCAGUCAGCGCGAGUGAUGCUACUCUGCUCGCACCAGAAGAAGUCAAGGAGAAGAACAAGGCCGGAGACUUACUGGGUGAUACUGAGAAGACGUCGACUGACAAGAAGCGCGAGAGACGGCACAAGAAGAAAGUGAAGCGUCUGAAGAUUCAGGAGAAGGAGAAGAGACAAAAACUUAAGGAAGCUAGCAGAACCGGGGGAAAUAAAAAGCCUUCGAAGGCUGAGGUCACUGAAAACCUGAAGAAACUCACAAAGGGAGGCAAAGCCACAAUACUAAAGGAUGAAGGAAAGGACAAGGCUCUGCGGUCUUCUCAAGCUUUCUUCUCUCAGCUUCAGGAUCAGGUCAAAAGUCAGAUCAAAAGUACAAAGGAACAGUCUUCAAAGAAGAAGAAACAAAAGGAGGUUUCUGUCAUCAAACUCAAGCUGUAAUGACUUUGCUGGUUUAUUUUUGAUGAUCACCUUUUCAUUGUACAGAUUCUUUUAUGAAACAACUGCAAUACAUUAAGCCUGAAAGUGUGAAUACAUUGUUUCCAUUUUUAUUAAAAUGUAUGCUGUGGUCACA